GCUGAAGCUGCUGAAUUCAGAAUCCAUUGUCCAAAAUUGCUCACUGCUUUCAAAUCUUCACACUUUUUCACCCAACAAGGGUUUUUCUGGAGUUCUGGCUUCGACCCAGAUUACUUUUUCCCCAAAAGAUUCUGUUUUUACUCUCCCCAAUUGGAGGGCUGGGAAGAAUGGCCAAAAGGGUAAAGAGCUGAGGAUGAAUGAUGCAUUUCUUCACUUAGAAUAUAUGGUAGGUAAAGGCCACAAGCCUGAUGUAACUCAAGCAACUCAGCUUUUGUAUGAUCUUUGCAAGUCUAAUAAAGCUAGAAAAGCUUUUAGGGUAAUGGAGAUGAUGGUAGGUUCAGGUAUUAUACCUGAUGCAGCUUCUUAUACAUACUUGGUCAAUUUUCUGUGUAAGAGAGGCAAUGUUGGGUAUGCAAUUCAGUUGGUUGAAAAGAUGGAGGGUCAUGGCUUUCCAACUAGUACUGUUACCUAUAACACUCUUGUUAAGGGGCUUUGCAUGCAUGGUAAUUUGAACCAAAGCUUGCAGCUUUUGGAUAGGUUGACAAAGAAGGGCUUGGUUCCGAAUGCAUUCACAUACACUUUCUUGCUCGAAGCGGCUUAUAAGGAAAGGGGAGUGGAUGAAGCCAUGAAGCUUCUAGAUGAGAUCAUUGCCAAGGGUGGGGAGCCUAAUUUGGUUAGUUACAAUGUGUUGUUAACUGGAUUGUGCAAGGAAGGGAGAACUGAAGAAGCUAUUAGGCUUUUUAGGGAAUUGCCUGAAAAGGGUUUCAGUCCUAGUGUUGUGAGUUAUAACAUUUUGUUGAGGAGUUUGUGCUACGAAAGGCGGUGGGAAGAAGCGAAUGAGCUUCUGGCAGAGAUGGAUAAAAAGGACCAGUCUCCCUCGGUGGUUACUUACAACAUAUUAAUUACUUCUCUUUCUCUUCAUGGAAGAACAGAACAAGCUUUCAAAGUUUUGGACGAAAUGACAAGGAGUGGGUUCAAGGUGAGUGCCACUAGCUAUAAUCCAAUUAUUGCUCGCCUCUGCAAGGAAGGGAAGGUGGAUCUUGUUAUUCAGUGUCUAGAUCAAAUGAUUCAUCGACGCUGUAAUCCUAAUGAAGGAACACACAAUGCUGUUGCAAUGUUGUGUGAGCAAGGUAAGGUGCUAGAGGCUUUCUUUAUAAUCCAAAGCUUGUGUAACAAACAGAACUACCCUAUGCACGAUUUUUACAAAAAUGUGAUUUCAAGCUUGUGUAGGAAAGGGAACACAUAUCCAGCCUUUCAGGUGUUAUAUGAAAUGACAAAGUAUGGAUUUACUCCAGAUUCCUAUACUUAUUCAUCUUUGAUUAGAGGAAUGUGUAGGGAGGGAAUGCUAGAUGAGGCUCUUGAGAUAUUCUGGAUUUUAGAAGAAAAUGACUACCGGCCUGACGUUGAUAACUACAAUGCACUUAUACUUGGAUUUUGCAAAUCUCAAAGAACAGACUUGUCAAUAGAGGUAUUUCAGAUGAUGGUAAACAAAGGAUGUAUGCCUAAUGAGACAACAUAUACCAUUCUCGUUGAGGGACUUGCUUUUGAAGAAGAGACAGAUAUAGCAGCUGAGCUAAUGAGAGAGUUGUAUGAGAAAGAUGUUCUGAGCCAAAGCACUGUUGAAAGGCUUUCUAUUCAAUACGACCUCAAGGAAUUAACAGCAACAGGGUAGUGACAUACAACACACAGGGUAUAUAACAACAGAAAGUAAGUAGGGAUAUGACUACUUUCAGAUAUGACUGGAGUUUUCUAAGCUUGAGUACUUGAUCACCUUUAGAUUGUUGAUUGGUCAGUGAAACAUAGUUCCGGAAUGCUUGAAAUUUUGAUUGAAUAUAAUGUUUAAGAGAUAAAUAAUGAAGAGGUUCAAGUAGAGAGUUUAUUGCUUGAAAUUUAACACUUGUUUUUGUGAAUUGAGUUCUUCAAAUAAUUUGUAUUAUCCAUUGUCGGUUGGCUUCUUGAUUACAAAUUUCUUUUUAUGCUAAUCUCAUUGCCGUGUGAAUGUAUGCUCUUAUCCUCUCUAGUUAAGAUAUAGAGUUUACUGCAAACUAUAAUAUUUGAAUGAAGUGCUUUGAAGCAUCCUAAGUACUUCCAAGAAAAUGUAAUGUUACUAAUGUAUAUUUAUGAAGCUAACUUGAUAACUUAGAACUCACUGUGACUUGGAAUGCCACAAUAUUUUUGAAGUCCCCUCUCUUUUGGCACUUUAUGAGGGGGAUGCAGCAGUAAAUGAGUAAGAUCUUGACACUAAUUGUUAUGAAGCACUUUUCCCAAAAGAAGAGGUUGAUCAUAUUUUAGAAAGAAUAAUGUUACUCAUACAUUCCAUUUUUGGAGUGUAAGAGGUGGAAAGAAGAGAGAAAUAGAAAGAAAAAAAGAAAUAGAGAAAAAAAAAUGAUGUGAAAUUAUUAUACAAGUGUAAUUCUAAAAUUACAAUGGAUUAGUUACAUUAGACUAAUCUCAAACUAGUGAGUUAAUUCUAAAAUCGCAGCUAACAAUUCAACUCAAAAUGAGCUAAAACUAUAGAAACUCUAGCUUGGAGAUGGACUGAAUUGUCAAAUUUUUAGUGGCGUAUGACAUGAAAUUUCCAAUGAUUAUAAUUUUAAUAAUUAAACAAAAUUACAGCAGAAAGAGAAAAUACACUCUGAUUUUAUUGUUUAUUUUUCUACAUUAAUCGUUUCCAACUUUCAGUGUAUUAUGCAUUGAAAUUAUGUUCCUCUUGGGCACUUUAUCAACCGUGCUAUAUUUCAACAACCGUGUUAAAAAGAUUGGAUAUGUUAGAUACUAUCAAUCUAUUAAGAGCAUGUUAAAGACUUUUAUGUUCUAAAUGUUAAGUAAACUAUAUCUUUUCAUUUUCGUUAAUUGGAUCAAACGUUUACAAUUACUAUCACCAACUCUCCUUCUCUCUUGUUCCCUACUACUUUCGUCGUUGUACUGUCAAACCAGCUUAUAUCGAAAAGUAGGAAGUGAUUUGAAUUUAGUAUUAAAUUUUAAAGAUUAAUUUUAUUUUUUAAAUUUAAACUUCAAUUAUGCCAAACAGGGCCUUAAUUAAUUUAUAUAAAUGUUAAUUAAUUAAUUAAUUAGCUUUUUAAAACUACAAAGUGGAGCCCAAUUGUCUUGUUUACAAAAGAAAAAUGGAUUAGCCUUUUUCUCCAUAAUUUAAGGACUCGAUUAAGAAAAAUAAAUAAAUAACAAGGAAGAUCGGUUGACCAAAAACAAAACACAAUUCAGUGGGCAGCCUUUUAUCCACCUCAGCAUAUUAAACUGAAUUUUUGUUUUUAAAUGAAAGUAAUUUUAAAUAAA